AUGUUUUUCCUUACAGGUAACCUCUGGCGAGCUAAACAAAGCUCGGAGAUCAGUCCGAAUGUUAGCAUCGAAUUCGCUGCAUUUGCUAAACACUGUAGGACGACAACGUCGGAGGACACCGGCAUCACCUAUCACUAUUCACCUAAUGGAACAGUUUAUUCAUUGGCUGAGGAAGACCAAACAAUUUGUGCAUAUUCGUUGGAACGGACAGUACCAAAUGAAUUCGAUACACCGAACAUAUAUAAUUUUACAUUAUAUUUCGUUUGCGAUGAUACCUGUUGCGCUAUGGAAUGUUGUCAAAGGGACGUAGAAAUGACAAUCAUAGGUGCAACGUUAAUUGGCAUAUCGGUUUGUAUUCUUGGUUUCUAUGCCUCCGUUUACUUUGGAGGUCUUAUAUGUGCCUGGAAGAAUGGAGCCCUUGGUCGACGACAUACGGUCAGCGCUCGAUCACCAUCACAUCGAAAAGAGAGCUCUAUAGUGCUCAAAAAUGGAACAUAUGAUACGUGCUGA